CAGGCGUCGAUUGCCUUAGCUUCCCAACCCUCACAGAACCAUGGCUAUACGGAUGAUAAUCUCUCUUCAGAUGAUCAUCUUUCUCAUUUCACUAUUGCUUUCCUUUGGAGCUAUUGAGCUUGAAGGUUCCCACUAUGCUUGCAGCAGCUUUCAGACUUUGGAACAACCAAUUACAUGCCAAACUAACGAGCCUUACAGAACUGGGUAUCAUUUCCAGCCUUCCAAGAAUUGGAUGAACGGUAUGUAUAUGUAUCCACAGACAUCUUCUCUUCUCUGCUCGAUCUGAUUUCCGUUUAAUUUGCAUAUUCUUUAGCUACCCAUCUUGUCCUUGUCUCAGAUUAUUAUUGUUAUAACUCUUACAAUACGCUCUUUGCUUCUUGUAUUUUCAUAUGUUGACUCGAUCUAAUUCUCGAUAUGCACAUAUAUAUGGGCGUGCUAUUGAUUUUGGAACCUCACAGAUCCUAACGGGCCUAUGAUUUACAAGAAUGUGUACCAUCUUUUUUAUCAAUAUAACCCAGAAGGUGUAGAAUGGUCACCCAGCAUUGUUUGGGCACAUUCGUCAUCAACCGAUCUUGUCAAUUGGACACCACAUGAUGAUGCCCUUUACUCAUCAGAACAUUUUGAUAUUAAUGGUUGUUGGUCGGGGUCUACUACAAUCCUCCCGGGAGGGAAGCCAGCCAUUUUCUACACCGGAUUUAGCUCCGAUAAUGAGCAAGUUCAAAACUUGGCAUUCCCCAAAAAUCUCUCUGAUCCAUUUCUUAGAGAAUGGGUUAAAAUCCCACAAAACCCACUAAUGAUGCCAACCCAAGCUAACCAAAUAAUUACGGACUCAUUUAGGGACCCAACCACUGCUUGGCUAGGAUUAGAUAAUAGAUGGAGAGUAGUCAUUGGAAGCAGGACAAACAAAACUGGCUUAGCUAUCCUGUAUACAAGUGAUGAUUUCCUCAAUUGGACCAUGGCAAACCAUCCUUUCCAUUCAGCAGAGGAAAAUGGAAUGUGGGAGUGCCCAGAUUUUUUCCCAGUUUCAAAGAGUAGCCAAAUUGGUAUUGACACAUCAACAAAUGGUCCGAAUGUUAAACAUGUGCUCAAGGUUAGCUUGUUUGAUAAGGGUAAGGAGUACUACACAAUUGGGACAUAUAACUUGGACAAGGAUAUCUAUGUGCCCGAUGAAGGAUCAGUGGAAAGUGAAUCGGGUUUGAGAUUUGAUUAUGGUAAGUUUUAUGCAUCAAAAUCCUUCUUUGACAGUGCUAAGAACAGGAGGAUCUUGUGGGGCUGGGUUAAUGAAUCCUCAACUGCCCAAGAUGACUUCAAGAAAGGAUGGUCUGGACUCCAGACUUUUCCAAGGACCAUUUUGCUAGAUAAGUCUGGGAAACAAUUGGUCCAAUGGCCCAUUGAAGAACUUGAAAAACUGAGAGCAGAGCAUGUAAAGAUGCCGAGUACUGAAAUCAUUGGAGGAGCGCUACAUGAAGUACUUGGAGUUACAACAGCACAAGCAGAUGUAGUAGUUACAUUUGAGAUAAGUCAUUUGGAGAAAACAGAGGUGCUAGAUCCAAGUUGGACCAAUCCCCAAAUUCUGUGUAGCGAAAAGAAUGCCACUGUUAGUGGAAGUCUUGGACCGUUUGGGUUGCUGGUUUUGGCAUCAGCAGAGUUACAAGAAUACACAGCAGUCUUUUAUAGAAUAUUCAGAUCUCACAACAAUGACAAAUAUGUGGUGCUCAUGUGUAGUGAUCAAAGCAGAUCGUCCUUAAAUGAAAAUAAUGACAUGACAACAUAUGGAGCAUUUGUAAAUGUGGAUCCUGUUCAUGAGAAACUAUCACUAAGAAGCUUGAUCGAUCACUCUAUCGUAGAAAGUUUUAGUGGAGAAGGUAAGACGUGCAUAACAGCCAGGGUUUAUCCCACAUUGGCCGUUAAUGCUGAUACACACUUACAUGUUUUUAAUUAUGGAAGAGAGAGCGUAAAAGUCACAGGAAGUGCAUGGAGCAUGAAGACUGCAAACAUUAACCGAUCAGGACAGAAAGAGAUUAAACGAAUAGAAGAUAUAGUCAGCUAGUAUUGUUGGCAGGAGCUGGAGAAAAACAUGUGUGGGAUAUUGAUUAUUGUACGCUUCGAUCAUUUCUAAUGUCUAGUACUGAAUAAUAUUAAUUGAGACCCAUAUAAUUUGUGUUUUCCA